GGAGCGGCGCGGUGUGAGCGACUGGGGAGCCGAGCGGAGCGGAGCCGGAGAGCGGUCCCCGACGCCAGCGCCGGGCGGGCCGGGGCCGCGGAGCCGGGGCGGGCGGCGCGGGGGAGCGCGGCGGGGGGCGCGCUGGCUGCGACCCCGACCCCCACCCCGACCCCCUCCCCGCCGGCGGCGCGGCCCGGGGCCCCGGGGCCCGUGGACAUGGACAGCGCGGCCGCCGCCGCCUUCGCCCUGGACAAGCCGGCGCUGGGCCCGCCGCCCUCCGCGCCGGGGCCGGGCGACUGCGGCCAGGCGCGCACCAACUUCUCGGUGAGCCACCUCCUGGACCUGGAGGAGGCGGCGGCCCGGCGCGCCCCGCGCCCCGCGGGCGCCGAGGCGCGGGAGCCGUCCGCCGGCAGCAGCGGCAGCGAGGCGGCGCCGCAGGACGGCGAGUGCCCCAGCCCCGGGCGCGGCGCCGCCAAGCGGAAGAAGAAGCAGCGGCGGAACCGCACCACGUUCAACAGCAGCCAGCUGCAGGCGCUGGAGCGCGUGUUCGAGCGCACGCACUACCCCGACGCCUUCGUGCGCGAGGAGCUGGCCCGGCGCGUCAACCUCAGCGAGGCGCGCGUGCAGGUCUGGUUCCAGAACCGCCGCGCCAAGUUCCGCCGGAAUGAGCGGGCCAUGCUGGCCAACCGCUCCGCCUCGCUGCUCAAGUCCUACAGCCAGGAGGCCGCCAUCGAGCAGCCCGUGGCCCCCCGGCCCACCGCCCUGAACCCCGACUAUCUCUCCUGGACGGCCUCGGCCCCCUACAGCACAGUGCCGCCCUACAGCCCGGGAGGCGCCAGCCCGGCCGCCCCGGGGGUCAACAUGGCCAACAGCAUCGCCAGCCUCCGCCUCAAGGCCAAGGAGUUCAGCCUGCACCACAGCCAGGUGCCCACCGUGAACUGAGCCGGCCGCCGGGACCCUGCCUCCUGGGCGGCGGCCGAGGCGAGGGCGGGAGCCGCAGAGCCGCCACCUCCUGUCCCGGCUCAGGCCUGCUGGGUGGGCCCUCCCGGCCCUGCCCUCCAGCCCGGACCCUGGGCCUCCCUCCAGCUCGCACCCUGGACCCGAGGCGGCUGAGACGCCGGCCGGAGCCCUGCUCAGCCCCUCGUCCGCCACCAGGACUUGGCCCGCGCCCCUGGCAGGGGCUGGGCCGGAAGGUGAACGGGAGCUCACCAAUGACCUCACUUACGUUGUGUAUUAAAACCAAAUAGCUUUUGUCUUUAAGAAAUAAAGAAUGGUUUACGCCCCAAAA